AUGGCUGUGAGGCAGGUGGCGGCGGUGGGCCUUCCAGGGCCCCAGAGGGACGAGGAGACUGUGCUGCUCUUCGAAAGGGCCCAUUAUCGGCACGACCCACGCUGGCUGCUGCUCGUCUCCCCACGCUUCUGUCUGGCCUGCGCGCUGGAGCUGCUGCCGGAGCCCGACGUGUCGUUGGUGCGCAAGAAGUAUGUGCUGUCGUCCUUCCAAGAUGCCCUCAUGAGGCACACCUCCCUGGUCACACAGCUGGUGGCUCAGGACCAGAGAGUCUGCAUCCACUUCAUAAGCAUGCUUUUUGGACUGGCAUGCAGUGUGGAAGAUGGGAGUGUAACAGACAUCUGUAUUGAAGUCCUUAUCCAGCUUACAACGCAGCUGAAACUGGAGGAGACCAUCAAUUGCCUGCUGGAUGAGUGCCACAAACAGCUGUGUAACAUGCCCUCCAUGCGAGGCAGCCUGGCCACACUGACCCUUCUCGGCAAGUUGGUGGAUGCUAUCCCUGCUGUGGCAGACAAGCUUGUAGUGGAGCAUGGCAACCUGAUGGAGCAUCUUUUGAGAGGCUUAGUAUACCCCAGUGAGGGGGUGCAAGCUUCGGUCUGUUACCUCUAUGGGAAGCUAUACUCCUCACCAGUGGCAGCCGAGAUGCUUUCGGGACACUUCCGGGAGAAGCUAUGUCCCCUCUUCCUUUCUAUCCUGGACGGUGCCCAGACAAAGGAGCUACAGAUCAACUGCUUGGGUUUGCUGAGGCAGCUGUUGAAGUAUGAUCUCUUUGUGUCCAUGAUCAUGAACAAGUCUUCCCUGGCAGAAAGUGCUGAGAAUGUAGAGAGGCCACCAGGAGAGAGCUCACUGCCUUUGGUGCUCAAAAAGCUUCUCCUCUCUAGAGAUGAGAUCCUGCAGAUUGCCAGUGCCCACUGUAUAACUGCGGUGUUGGUCCACUCCCCAGCGAAGCAUGCCCUGGCCUUCAUCCAGGCUGAUAUCCCAGAGUUCCUCUUUGAGCAUCUUUCCUCUUCCAGUGAAGUGCUCGUCUGGUCCAGCUACAACUGUUUGAUACUCUUGGCAGAAGAGCCAUUCUUCUUUUCCAAGUGCCACACGGUAUACGGGAUUGAGGCAGUGGUAAGGAGCCUACAGGGAAGCCUGAAGAUGAACAACACGCAGCUGCACAGGCAGGGCCUGCUGCUCUUUGCUGAGAUCCUGACUCGGCAGCCAGAGGAGAUCAAGCUGUUCACAACCUCAGCCAUGUGCAGAGAUGCUGGCCGUGCCCUCCAAGAGGCAGUGAGCAGCCCUGUACUGGAGGUGGCCACUGAGGCAGUGAAGGCCAUUUCUGCUUUUCUGAGGAAGGAUCAUCAGAGUGUUCCACCUGUGCAGUACAGGGAACUGCGAGCCUUGCUUGAAGCCAUGCUGAACCGAUGUGCAGAGUUUUCCCAGACCCCUCUGAGCAGGAGGCCCCUGGGCCAUGCCUCCAGUAGAGAUUCAGAGAAGGCCAUUCUUCGAAGGGGAAAGUUCCUCCUGAGCACUUUGGAAGGAUUUAGAAAUGCCUGCAGGUUGGCUGUGGAAUUCCAGAGUGAGCCUUCAGCCCAGGAGAAUCCAUUUACAGCUCCCAGUGCCGAGAAGGAAGACACCUUGGAGGCCUUCUCAGAAUUUCUUCUCAGUGCCAGUGACUGUCUGUGCAUCCCCAUGGUGAUGAGGCACUUGGAGCAGGCCACCCACCCAGCCUUGAUGGAAGUUUUCCUCUCGAUUCUAUACAACCUCUUUGUCAUCGUACCCCACAUGAAGGAGAAGUUCUCCAAGAAACUCGCUGCCUCAUCCUUCAUACAACUGACCCUGGAGCUGAAGGCCAGGUUCUGCAGUGGCCUGAGUUACUCAGCUCUAAACCAGGUGUGUUCCAAUUUCCUCUACAACAUGUGCCUCAACCUCCUCUCAUCUCUAGAGAAGACAGGACCACCUUCCCAAGAAGAGCUCUCUACAGUGUCUGAGUUCCUGCAUCAUGGCCUGCCUCAGAUAAGCAGCAGGGGUCCUGAAAGCCUUGCCUUUUUGUCUGAUCGCCAGUAUGUGGAGGGAGCUGCUCGCCAGAUACAGUUCUGCAUCCUGCUCCUCAUCUACUUGGCCUACAUCCACGAGGACAGAUUUGUCUCAGAGGCAGAAUUAUUUGUGGCUGUGCAAAGCUUGCUCCUGUCUCUUCAGGACCAGAGUGAGCGCCCCCCACCAGUGAUCUUCAGAGCCUCCAUCUACCUGCUUGCAGUCUGCCAGGACAAAGACAGUGCACUAGAUGAGGCCGUGGUCAGUGCAAUCAGAAAAUUUCUAGAAAUCACCCCGGACCUGCACCUAGUCUACACCCAUCAUCCCCUCCUGCUCAGGUUCUUCCUGUUGUAUCCAGAGCUGAUGAGUAGGUUUGGGCACCGUGUCCUGGAACUUUGGUUCUCCUGGGAAGAGAGCAGCUGCGAGGAACUGGAUGAUGUCCCUUCUGCUGGGCAGCCCACCCUUCCUGCUGGUUUAACGUCCCUGUUCCAGAUGCUCAGAAGCAGUCCCAGCAUCCUGCUCAUUUUGCUAGACCUUGUCUAUUCCAGCCCAAUGGCAACAGCCCGCAAAGUACUGAUCGUCCUGAGGACCUUCCUGAGGAGGAAUGAGGAUGUCCAAGUGGGUGGUCUCAUCCGUGGCCACUUCCUACUGAUCCUGCAGCAUCUGCUGGUGGAGCAUGGGUCCUCCCCGUCAGGAGCCUCAGGGAACCUGCCAUUGCUGCUGAGCCUCCUCUCCUUAGUGCAGCUGAGGAACAGUGCAGAGCAGGAACUGGACAGCAUGGCCAUGAAGCUCCUUCACCAAGUGAGUAAGCUGUGUGGGAAGUGCAGCCCCUCUGACGUGGACAUCCUGCAGCCCUCCUUCAACUUCCUGUAUUGGAGCCUUCAUCAGACCACGCCUGGUAGUCAGAAAAGAGCUGCUGCAGUGCUCCUGAGCAGCACAACCCUGAUAGAGCUUCUGGAGAAGAUCCUGGCGCUCACCUGGGCAGAGGCAGGCUCUACCAGGACCGCUCUCCUCUGCUCUGCCUGGCUGCUCACUGCCUCCUUCUCUGCCCAGCAGCAUGAUGGCAGUUUGCAGGUUCACCAGACACUGUCCGUGGAACUGGAUGAAGUAUUGAAGGCCCUCAGCUUUCCAAACAAAAAGGCUGCCCUGCUCUCAGCUGCCAUCCUGCGCUUCCUGCGGACAGCCCUUCAACAAAAGUUUUCUUCUGCCCUGGUGGCCCUGGUGCCCUCAGGGUCCCAGCCACCACUAGCCUCCGAGGACACUGUCCUAGCUCCACUGGGAACAUCACAAGUGCUGUCGCUGGUCAUUGGGCUGCAGAACCUCCUGGUGCAGAAGGACCCUCUGUUGUCCCAGGCCUGUGUCGGCUGUCUGGAGGCCUUGCUUGACUACCUGCAUGCCAGGAGCCCAGACAUUGCACUCCAUGUGGCCUCCCAACCCUGGAAUCGGUUUUUGCUGUUUACUCUCUUGGAUGUGGGAGAGAAUUCCUUCCUCAAAUCUGAGAUCUUGAGGCUCAUGACCCUGUUUGUGCGGUACCGAAGCAGCAGCAUCCUCUCUCAUGAAGAGGUGGGUCAUGUUAUACAAGGUGCAGCUUUGGCUGACCUGUCUGCUCUCUCAAACACCACACUCCAGGCUCUGCGUGGCUUCUUCCUGCAGGUCCAGAGCAUGGGCCUCCUAGCUGAUGACAGCACGGCCCACACCCUGCGGGCCUCCCUAGAAGGCCUCUCCCCUAGCGUCUCCUUGGCCAAGUCGCCCCUGCAGGACAUGGUCUGCCUGGGAGGGGUGGCUGUAUCCAUGUCCCACAUCAGAGACUGA